AUCAAAAAUAAAUAAAUAAAUUAAAAUUAUAUAAAAUAAAUAUACAGAUUUAUAAAUCAAAAAAAAAAAAAAAAAAGAAAAAAAAUGAAAACCAUUAUAAAUUUUUUUACAACACUAGUUUUAAUUAUAUUCCUAUUAAAUAUCAACAAUAGUAAUGGGCAAUAUACAAAUGAUAUUUGUGAAGUUUAUACAAAUAUUACAGGUUUAAUUAAAACUGAAAAUGUCGUAGUCCCACAAGUUUGUUUUAGAAUUGUACCAUCGCUCGGUAAUGCAUAUCUUAGUGAUUCAAUUACUAUCAACAUUCUUGGUGCAACUAUUGGAGAAAAUUCACAACUUAAAGUUUUCCAAGGUUCUGACUUUAUUAAUGGUGAUCCAAUUUUAGUAAUUAAUGAAACCUUAACUGAUGCAUUAGAACCAAUUACAAUUAAAAAUGGUAUGGUUAUUUUAUUUUUAGAUAGUGUUUCAAGUGAUCCAAAUACCCCUGUAGGUGAUUGUUUAUUAACUGUUUCAUAUGCUUCUUCGACUGAAAAACAUUUAAAACCAUCCGUUGUUGGAUUAAUUUCAGUUGCAGUUGCAUUUGGUGUACCAUUAUUUAUUUUCUCAAUUAUUAAAUGUCUCAUUCCAAAGAGUACCAAAAAAGAAAAAGCAAAUUCAAUUAAAAAAGUAUUCUUUUGGAUUUCUUUUAUUUUAGGUUUAGUAUUUUUAGCAAUGAUUUUAUCAAGAAAAGUUGGUGUAUAAAAAAACUAUUAUUUAUUAUCAAAACAUACACAAAACUCUGUUAUAUAUUAUAAUGUCUAAAAUAAAAUUGUAAAUUUAUCUUUAAAACC